AUGACGCCCCAAACCACCGACGUCCUCAUCGUCGGCGCCGGCCCCGCCGGCCUAAUACUCUCCACGCUCCUAACCCGCCUCGGCAUCCCCCUGGUCCACAUCGACGACCGCCCACACGCCACCAGCACCGGCCGCGCCGACGGCCUACAACCCAAGACGCUCGAAACACUCUCCCAGCUCCGCCUCCUCACGCCGCUGCUCGAGCGCGGCGUCAAGAUCUACGACAUCUCUUAUUGGAACUCGACGGCGCAGCACGCGCUGCGGCGGACGCGGCGGGAGUGCCAUUUCCCCGGGGUCGUGGAGGUGGUGGAGCGGUUUAUUUUGAUCUGCCAUCAGGGGGUUGUGGAGGGGGUGUUGGAGGGGGAUGUGGUUGCGCGGGGGGGCGGGGUGGUGAGGGGGGGUGUGUUUGGGGGUAUGAGCUUGAGGGGGAGGAGGGGUGAGGGCUUGGUUUGGGAAGGUGGGAGGGGAGGAGGGGAGGUGAGGAGGGAGGUGAGGGCGAAGUAUGUGGUGGGGUGUGAUGGCGCGCAUAGUGCGGUGAGGAGGUGUAUGCCGGGUGCGAAGAUGGAGGGGGAGAGUACGGAUGUGUUUUGGGGGGUGUUGGACGGCGUGAUUGAGACGGACUUUCCGGAUCUGUGGAGUAAAUGCGCAAUCGCCACGCACGACAAAGGCACAAUCCUGUGCAUCCCGCGCGAGCGCGGCAUGACACGACUGUAUAUCGAGCUCAGCAACGGGAGCAAGUCGGAGGCGACGCAGGAGUUUGUCAUGGCGCGCGCAAAGGAGAUCAUGGCGCCGUUCAGCGUCGAGUGGAGGAGCGUCGAGUGGUUUGGGGUGUACCAGAUCGGACAGCGGAUAGCUAGCACAUUUAGUGACCGCGGCCGUGUGUUUAUCGCCGGCGACGCAGCGCACACACACUCGCCCAAGGCCGCCCAGGGAAUGAACGUCUCCAUGCACGACACCUUCAACCUCGCCUGGAAGCUCGCCUUCGUACUCAAAGGCCUCUCCCCUCCGAGCCUCCUCGACACCUACAUCCACGAGCGCCGCAAGAUCGCCGAAGACCUCAUCGCCUUCGACCACGCGCACGCCACCGCCUUCACAGGCAACGACGCCGCCGCCCUCGCCGCAAACUUCGCGAAGAACAUCCGCUUCAUCUCUGGCGUCGGCGCCGACUACGACGCAAACGCACUCAACCGCCCGCUUGCCAGCGGGCUCGUGUGCGGCCUCGUGCCCGGACAGCUGCUGACCCCCGCGAGGGCGACGAGGUAUGUAGAUGCCAACCCCGUCGACGUGCAGCGCGACAUACCGUGGCUGGGGCAGUGGCGGGUGUAUUUCCUGACCGACGAGUACCACGCCGCGCGGCCGCUGCUGGAGGGGCUGUGUGCGGCUGUUGAAGCGCCGGGUCACGUCCUUGCGCGGGCGGCGGCGGCGUCGGCUGCGGGGGGCGUGCUGCGCGCGGGGUGGGUGGCGGGCGACGAGUUUGUGCAGCCGGGGCGGUAUCUGCCGGGUGGGCAGCAGGUGGUUAGUUAUUCGCUUGUUACGAGGACGCCUCGGGCAGCCGUGGAGCUGGAGGAGAUGCCGGGGCUGGUGAGGGGGAAUCGGUGGGCUGUGUAUGUGGAUGAUCUGGGCGAGGGCGUAUCGCCGGUGGGAGGUGGUGCGGGAGGGUUGGAAGGCGGGGGGUUGAAGGGCGGGGAGGUGUUGGUGGUGUGUGUUAGGCCCGAUGGGUAUGUCGGUGCGGUGGGCGGACGGUGGGCGGGGGGCGGACAGGCGGCGGAGGCGGCGGAGUGGCUGGAGGCGUAUUUUAGUGGCUUUUUGGUGGGGUGA